AUGUCGGCGUCCCACAACGGCCGCUCGCGGGACGGCGCGGCGGCGUCGCGCACCGGGGCGCUCUCCCGUGAGCCCUCCUCAGCACGCGCCCUUUCCUCGGCCCAACAGAGCUUCCGAGGCGGCGCAGGCGCAGGCAUGGGUGUCGGCGGCAGCAGCACGAGCGGCGCGGCCGCCCCCGGACGUUGGGCGCCGCAGCGUCCAAGCGCAACGA